AUGGCCGCACUUCAGAUUCUUCCCCUCCGCGCGGCAGUGACACCCAUUGCAGGCCGUCCCUGCGCCUCACAUCAAGGUCGGGCCGCCCAGCCGCGAAGUUUGGGGAGUUUGGGGACACCGCUGGCUCUAGUGACUGCUGCCAGCUGGGUUGCCUCGCAGCGCCGCCGUGCCACUGCGCCUCUCGUGGCGCGUGCUGCAGGGAAGGAGGCACGCGAUUCUCUGCGAGUUGCGCCAGCGCGCCGGCAACUCCUCGGAGCCGUUGGUGCAGCAACAGCGGCGCAGGCCCAGCAGGCCUUAGCAAAGACAGCGAUCAAGCCGACCAACGAGGUGCUCAAAACAGUGGAUGGCAUUCGGCAAAAGCGCCUGGGAAACUCGGAUGUGGUUGUCUCCGAGUUGGCGCUGGGCACGCAGCGAUGGGUCUCCGCGGACUUCAACGCUCCAGAUGAAUCCCAAUGCCAAGCUUUCCUGGACCGGGCCGUGCUGGGGUCGGGCGUCAACCUUGUGGACACAGCGGAGCAGUAUCCGAUCCCGUCAGAUGUCGCACGUCCCGAGGGGCUUUGCGAGGAGGUGAUAGGCCGUUGGAUGGCAAAAGAGGCUGGACGACGUCGCAAACUCGUGAUCGCCACAAAGAUCACGGGAGGCUUCAAUGUCACCCCAAAGAACAUUCGGUCCGACUGCGAGGGGAGCCUGAAGCGCCUGGGCACCGACUACAUCGAUGUCUACCAGCUUCACUGGCCCUCGCGUUAUUCGCCGCAAGCCAACUGGGGCCAGAGCCUCACAUACAACUACUCCGUGGAAGAGUAUGGUGGAAUGGGCAUGGAGGGCGCCUCCUUCGAGGAGCUUUGCACGUCCAUGGGGUCCCUAAUCAAAGAGGGCAAAAUCCGAGGAUGGGGUUUGUGCAAUGACAAUGCUUUCGGCCUCACGGCGUGCUGCGAGACCGCGAAGAGACUCAAUGUUCCGCCGCCAAUCUCAUUUCAAGGGGACUACAGCAUCAUCGACCGGAAGUCCGAAGAGAACGGCGUCUUCGAGGCCUCGUCUCCAAUCCAUGAGAACGUUGGCUUCAUGGCCUACAAUGCUCUGGCUGGAGGAAUGCUAACAGGCAAAUACCUGGACCAGCCGGCCGCCUUGGACAGCCCCUCAGAUGACACGGCCGAGAAGUUGAUGAAGAAGCCACGGGGCCGCAUGGAUACCUACGGCUGGGGCGGCACCCUCUACCGCUAUCGAUCCGAGGCUGCUGUGGAGGCCAUUGCCGCCUACUCCGCUCUCGCGAAGAGGGCCGGCCUCUCAUUGUCGGAGCUUAGUCUGCGCUGGUGCCGCUCUCGCCGCGGCUGCACCACAGUGCUGCUGGGAACCAGCAGCAUGACCCAGCUGGAGGAAGACCUGCGCUACUUUCAGAAGGAAGAGCCCCUCCCAAGGGACCUCCUUUGGGAAAUCGACCGAGUUCACAUGCGAAACCGCUUGCCCAUCUUCUCCUCCAAGCACGUGGAUUCGAGCUGGAAGGGUGCUGGCGAGAUCGGCGAACCCAUCCCUUGA